AUGAUACCGGCAUCGAUAACGAACUAUGUUGGCUUCGUUACUCUGUGUACCGAGCUCGAUGAGAUUCCGACUAGUUGGCUCUUCGAAGACCUCUUCUCGGUCAAUAUCCACAAGUCCAAGGAGUGGUUCUUCGCAGCGAACGCCAAGCCGAGAAAGAACAUUGUCACUGGGGUCAAACCCAGUAAAUAUAACGACUGGGAAUCCCAGUACUUCUUCCUCGAGAUGAAGGAUCUCACAGUCAACAAUUCUGACAUCCCAACUCAAUCAGAGUGGAAAAUUCCGAUCGGUCGUCAUCUCCCAAGCAUUCUUCUCAAUUCUGGACUCACUUCCGAAUUCAAAGCAGCUUUUAGUGAAGCCGCUUCUGUUAAGGAACAGAAGCCCCCGAAGCCAAAGAGUCGAGCAAACAAGCCUCGAGCUGCUCCCAGACGCAAAGCACCGAAACCGCAAGCUAGACGAGCUCGAACUGCCAGGAUGCUUUCACUAGACGAGAUCCCCACUCUGUUCGAUGAGGAGAAACCGAACGUUGCAGAUCCGGCUCCUAUCCCUGUCGCUGAAGGGACUAACGAGCAGCCCGAAGAACUGCCGCCUGCUGCGAACUCGCCCGACCAGGCUGGUCACAAGAAGCUGAAAAGGAAGAGAUCCUCGAAGAAAAUAAAGAGGAUUGAAGGUUCUUCUCGUACGCAGGAUGCCACCGCCGAGCUCGAUCCUCCGACGGCUGCAACGUCGGACCUCGCGAUUCCUCAGGAUCAGCCUGAAGCCUCCAACUCCCGGAAGAGGCAAGAUAGGGGUCAUGCCGAAGACUCUCCGAAACCAGAGCCAGCCAAAAGGACUAAGGUCAGGGUCUCGGAGCUGGAAGAACACAUUUCUAAGGCUGAGGAACGUCUCGCCACCGAGCUCCAGAUAAACGACAGUCUUCACACUGCUGUCGACUUUCUGAAGCGGGAGAGUUCGGAGCUUAAGGCAGUGAGAGCCGAACUGACCGAAGCUCAGACCUUGCUUUCUCGGGAAUUCGAGAAAGAUAAGGAGCGAUUGCAGGGUUUAGUGGCUCACUGGAAGAGUCGAGCAAAGAGCGUUCACGCGAAGGCCUGCGAACGCUUAGAGAAGGUCAUCCGAAGCUUGGAUGAUGCUAAUCGGGCUCGUAAGCCAUACUUGGUGGUCAACCAGCUUACCGGAGUUUUGGGCUUCAUCAAACAGCUGAAGAAGAAGGGUCUGUACGAAGUCCCGCCCGAGAUGGUGGCCGAGAUCGAGGCGAAGCAUGCUAAGGCGCUACAAGACUUCCGUUCGGUUGAUGCUUGCGUUCUCACAGAAGAGGAUAAACGAAUGUCUCCGUUUUCAGAAGAUGAUGAUGAUGCUCCGGUUGGGAACGUGACUCAAAUUGUGCAGGAUCCGGCGAGAGGCGAGCAGUUCGGCUCAAAUGAUGAUAUACUUUAUGCCGAUCAAGCUGCGACUUCGAAGACUGUUUAG